UUGUCAUUUUGCACAUUGAAUAGACUAUUGAAAAAAAGAAUUCCACUUGAAUAAAGAGUGUAAACUUCCAUACACAGCGCAAUUGGGAUUUCGUCUGUAAAAAUAAUUUUCUGCCAUUGCUUUACAGGAAGUGGAAACUGCCUGACAUUAUCCCAGGUUUCUUAAUCCUAAUCCUAACAGCCUACAUUCAAGGAUCUCGAACAAGCCUGAUCUAAUUUACUGCGCUGGAUAGAUGAGCAAAGCAUAGCUCUCAAAGACAAGGAUGAAAGAAGAAGCGCUUUGCUUAGAGCUGACAACGUAGUUGCGCAGCCAGUGUAUGUUGUUGCAUUGUCAUUUACAGCUUUUUAUUUAAUGAGGUUGCAAGUGAAAAACUGCGGAAUUGCAAACACAGACAGGGAGAGACAAGCGCUACGGUUAAACAUAUAACGCUUUACCCAAUUUAGUUGUAUUGCAGAAGGAGAAACUGUUUCCUAGCAAACAUGGGGAACAGGGGGAUGGAAGAAUUGAUUCCUAUGGUGAACAGAAUGCAGGAUGCUUUCUCCUCCAUUGGUCAAAAUGCCACACUGGACCUACCUCAAAUCGCUGUUGUCGGUGGACAGAGUGCCGGGAAAAGUUCGGUGUUGGAGAACUUCGUGGGAAAGGAUUUCCUUCCCCGUGGCUCUGGCAUCGUGACCCGUCGUCCCCUGGUUCUGCAGUUGAUCAAUUGUCCUACAGAAUAUGCUGAGUUCCUACACUGCAAGGGGAAGAAGUUCAUAGACUUUGAUGAGGUUCGACAGGAGAUUGAGGCAGAGACAGACCGUAUCACCGGAGCCAAUAAGGGCAUUUCUCCUGUGCCCAUCAAUCUGCGUGUCUACUCCCCCCAUGUCUUAAACCUGACCUUGGUGGACCUGCCGGGAAUGACAAAGGUUCCAGUGGGGGACCAACCAGCAGACAUUGAGCACCAGAUCAAAGAAAUGCUAAUGCAAUUCGUCACCAAGGAUAAUUGUCUGCUGCUAGCUGUCUCACCAGCCAACUCUGACCUGGCCAAUUCUGAUGCACUCAAGAUUGCAAAAGAAGUUGACCCACAAGGCCAGAGAACCAUUGGUGUGAUCACAAAGCUGGAUCUUAUGGACGAGGGGACAGAUGCUAGAGAGAUUCUAGAGAACAAGUUGCUGCCACUGCGUAGAGGUUAUAUUGGUGUGGUGAACAGGAGCCAAAAGGACAUUGAUGGGAAGAAAGACAUCAACGCUGCCAUGGCUGCUGAAAGGAAGUUCUUCCUGUCCCACCCAGGGUACAGACACCUUGCAGACCGCAUGGGUACACCCUACCUCCAAAAGAUUCUCAACCAGCAAUUGACAAAUCACAUCCGGGAUACCCUGCCAGGGCUGCGGACCAAAUUGCAGGGUCAACUGUUGUCAAUAGAAAAGGAAGUAGAGGAGUACAAGAACUUCAGACCUGACGACCCCUCUCGAAAGACAAAGGCACUACUGCAGAUGGUGCAGCAGUUCUCGGUGGACUUUGAGAAGCGUAUUGAAGGUUCAGGUGAUCAAAUAGACACAUAUGAGCUGUCAGGAGGUGCUAGGAUCAACCGCAUCUUCCAUGAGCGUUUUCCCUUUGAGCUGGUUAAGAUGGAGUUUGAUGAGAAGGAACUUCGCAAGGAGAUCAGUUACGCAAUCAAAAAUAUCCAUGGCAUCAGAACGGGCCUCUUCACUCCGGACAUGGCCUUUGAGACCAUUGUGAAAAGACAGAUUGGGAAGAUCAAAGAGCCAUGCACAAAAUGUGUGGAUUUGGUCAUUACUGAGCUAGUCACUACUGUUAGGCAGUGUACCAAGAAGCUGGCUCAGUACCCGAUGCUGAGAGAAGAGAUGGAGAGGAUUGUUACCCAACACAUCAGGGACCGAGAAAGCCGCACCAAGAACCAGGUAAUACUACUGAUUGACAUCGAGCUAGCCUACAUGAACACCAACCACGAGGACUUCAUUGGUUUUGCUAAUGCUCAGCAGAGGAGCAGUCAGAUGAGCAAAAAGAAACCACCUGGAAAUCAGGAUGAGAUCAUGCCUGAGAGAGGAUCAAUUAACGAUCGGUUUAAGGUCAUCAGGAAAGGUUGGCUGACAAUCAAUAAUAUCGGAAUCAUGAAGGGAGGAGCCAAGGAGUACUGGUUUGUCCUCACAGCUGAGUCACUGUCAUGGUACAAGGAUGAUGAGGAGAAAGAGAAAAAGUACAUGCUCCAGGUGGACAACUUGAAGCUGAGGGAUGUGGAGAAGGGCUUCAUGUCCAGCAAGCACAUUUUUGCUCUCUUCAAUACUGAGCAGAGGAAUGUGUAUAAGGACUACCGUCAACUGGAGCUGGCCUGUGAUAGUCAGGAGGAUGUGGAUGGAUGGAAGUCGUCUUUCCUCAGAGCUGGAGUCUACCCCGAACAUGUUAUGGAGAAGGAGAAGAAUGACACUGGGGAGGAGAACGGGUCAGACAACUUCAUGAAUUCUAUGGACCCCCAGCUUGAGAGGCAGGUGGAGACUAUCAGGAACCUAGUGGACUCUUAUAUGGCUAUUGUUAACAAGACCAUCAGAGACCUCAUGCCCAAGACCAUCAUGCACCUCAUGAUCAUCAACACCAAGGAGUUUAUUAAUGCAGAGCUUCUGGCCCAGCUGUACUCGUGCGGUGACCAGAACACUCUGAUGGAGGAGUCAGCAGAGCAGGCGCAGCACAGGGACGAGAUGCUGCGUAUGUACCAUGCCCUGCGUGAGGCACUCAACAUCGUUGGUGACAUUUGCACCUCCACCGUCAGUGCCCCCAUGCCGCCGCCCGUUGAUGACUCCUGGCUGCAAGUGCAGAACAACCGCUCUGGGGGAAGGUCUCCCUCCACCAGUCCGACACCUCAGAGGAGAGCCCCUCCGGGCCCCCCAGCACGCCCUGGUUCUCGUGGUUCAACCUCUGUCCUCCCAACUGCCGGUGGACCUCCAGUCCCCUCUCGCCCCGGGGCCUCCCCAGACUCCUUUGGGGGGCCUCCCCCCGCUGUACCCUCAAGGCCAAACCGCGCACCUCCUGGUGUGCCCAGUGGUCACGGUGGUGAGUGAGGACACAUCUACAAACAACCCUGUCAGGGAAGGUUGAUACAUAGAAUACACUUACCCUCCAUUACUGUUGCUGUUUUGUUCUAUUACUUUCUACCCUGUGAACUCUGUUGUUAAUGUUGUUUAUGAUACUCUGACCCUGUUGAUAAUGGUUCAGUUUAGGCAUUACAAUGGUAUCUAGACCCCAAGCACCUCAGUCUUAUUGUCUUAUCUUCCCACAUAAUACUGAUCAUUCACACAUUUCCACUUUCCUGACAACCAUGCACAUCCAGUUAGUUGUAGUAAAAGCAUAAACAAAAUCUAUACACCAUUUAUUAUCAUUUAUAAUGGACAUAUUUUAGUAUGUAUAAUCUGUACGUGUUAUUUGUGUGGUGCAUGUUAACAGAAUUGUGCUUCCACCGUAUAUAGAAGUUUGGUCCAUUAUGUUUAGUGUGUUAUGUACGAGUAAUACAUAUUCAAGUAAUGUGUAUAAUAAUCAAGAUUCUAAACACGCAAUGCUUAUUUGAGUUUAUAUGCCUGUGGAUGUGUUUUAUAAGAUUUUCUUUAAUGGAUAGUGCUAGCAUCUAGAGGGGAACCAAUUGCGUUAAAAGGAGAAAAGAGAAGAACAGGUCCAGUUUGACAUUUAAAAUGUCCUGUUCCUUACCUUACCUCUGUGGGUAGAAUGAGUUUGUCUGGGCAGGAUUGUGCAAUGUCAAAAUUGAUGUGAUAUGUAAUAUAUACAAUAAUUAAUCAGAAGCACUGUUGUUAACACAGAAAAGGAAUGGAGCUCCUUAUGUGAAUAACCUGUAAUAAAACGUCUUCCCUGCUUGUCUAUUUACCUUAAUUUAAACCAAAGUGGAUAUAAAACAAAAAUACAUUGCCAAUAAUCCCCACAGAUACCAUUGAACAAACUGGUAUUGGAUAAACACUUUGGAUAAAAGCGUCUGCUAAAU